GAUCCAGCCACACCAGAUCCACAAGUCCUGGUGUCUUUAAAAGGAUCGGCCUGAGGGAUACGGCUCAUCUGGGCACUGUGACGUUCAUCUUGAUUGUGGUGGGAAGUCCAACGGCCGUUCUGCUGCAGGUGGCAUCAUGAAGGCCCGCGUUCCUUUUAUAGUGGCUAUGCUCUGUGGUCUAGCCUGGGCUGGAAACCUGGAGUCGUGCGCAUCUCGCUGUCAUGAGAAAUUUAACCGGGAUGCUGUCUGCCAGUGUGAUCGUCGGUGUCCCCAGCAUGAUGACUGCUGUGAUGACUAUGAACAUCUGUGCACUGCUGAAGAAGGAGCCCCAGAGCCAAAGGCAUUCCUGGAUCCAGAGGACGAGAUCCCAACCAGCCACCUCUACUCUGCACCGAGCUCCUGCCAGGGCCGCUGCCGGGAAGCCUACGACAAGCACCACCCUUGCCACUGUAAUGACCGCUGCCCAGAGUUUGGAAACUGCUGUGAGGAUUUUGACAGCCUGUGUGGUGGUGAUCAUGAGGGUUUCUCCCACAGCAGCGAUGCCGUCACUAAGGAGGAGCUUGAGAGCAUCUCCGAGACCAUCUACAGGGUAGAUACCAACAAAGCCCAGAAGGAAGACAUUGUGCUCAACAGUCAGAACCGGAUCUCCCCAUCAGAGACAGGGAACCAAGUGGAUCAAUGCCCAGAGCCGCUCUUCACUUACGUCAACGAGAAGCUGUUCUCCAAGCCUACCUAUGCAGCCUUUAUCAACUUACUCAACAAUUACCAGCGGGCCACAGGCCACGGGGAGCAUUUCAGUGCCCAGCAGCUGGAGGAACAGGGUGUCUUCCUCAGGGAGGUCAUGAAGACAGCUGUCAUGAAGGAGCUCUAUAGCUUUCUCCAUCACCAAAACCGUUACAGCUCAGAACAAGAAUUCGUGGACGAUUUGAAGAACAUGUGGUUUGGGCUGUACUCGAGAGGCAAUGAUGAAGGGGACUCGAGUGGCUUUGAACAUGUCUUCUCUGGCGAGGUGAAGAAAGGCAAGGUCACUGGCUUUCAUAACUGGAUCCGCUUCUACCUGCAGGAGAAGGAGGGUCUGCUCGACUACUACAGUCACAACUACGACGGGCCUUGGGACUCCUACCCCGAUGUCCUGGCCAUGCAGUUCAAUUGGGAUGGCUACUACAAAGAAGUGGGUUCCGUCUUCAUUGGCAGCAGCCCUGAGUUUGAGUUUGCCCUUUACUCUCUGUGCUUCAUCACCAGGCCAGGCAAAAAGUGCCAUCUGAGCCUGGGUGGCUAUCCUUUGUCCAUCCAGACCUACACCUGGGAUAAGACCACCUACGGAAAUGGCAAGAAGUACAUUGCCACAGCCUACGUGGUGUCUUCUUCCCAAUAGAGCCUGCAGCCAGCUGGGGUCUGUGGGCAGAGGGCCAAGCAGGGUCCUGGUGCUAUUUGCUCGUUACUGGGGAGGGGAGGGAGGAGUCUGGGAGGAAUCCCAGAGCUCAGUUUUGUAAAAGGAAUCUCGAAUCUAGAAAUGCCCACUUGUGAGAGAAAAAAAAAAAAAAAGAAAAAGAAAAAGAAAAAGAUAUAAUUAGAAAAAUGCAGAGAAUCAGCCAAACCUUUGUCUCUCUGUAUUUUGGCAACAUGAACUGCGAAACAGAGCUCUCUCUGCCUAGAGAAAGGAGCGGCCCUCAAGAUCUCUUUGCUGUGUAGUGGAGCCAUGAGCAAGUCCUUGGCCCCACACUUCCCUCUAAUGUGAAGGGGAGGGGUCUGCCCCUUUCCCUCCUUGGGGCUGGGGGUUGGGGGGAGGCUGAAGGUAUUAUGACUGCGAAGGUGUCUUCAGUUGUUUUUAGGGAGAACAGGUAGUAGAAAUUCAGGAUUACCAGUGGCCACCAGUGCACACACUCUGCAGCUGUGACUCAGCCUUGUGUAGGGUCCCAAAGAAGCAAGCCUUAGAACCAAGCAGGUGAAUCUUAGAGAGUCAGCCAAGGACAGUGCAGAGUCACGGGUUGGGAGGUAUGUGGGCUAGGGUAUGUGGUUUCCUCAGUCCUAAACGUCUGUGUGGCCAACUCAGCAUCUGCUUCCAGAAGUUUCCCACUUGGAGAUGUUCAGUGCAGUUACAGACAUGCAUUUGAUUCCAUAGUUUUGUUUCAUUUCAAAAGAAUUCCCCUCACAGGAGGAUGGCUGAGCAUCAAAGGAGGACAACCAUCUAUAACUUGGUGUCAUUGACAACUAUAUUAAUGUUUAUCCAGCUGCCAUAGUUUGAAACAUUCUGGGCUGGGAGAAGAGGGACCCCGGGGUUUCUAAUUUCAACCCCAAAUGACAUGUUUAUUUGCGCCUGAUGCUCAGGAGCCAGAUGCGGACCCCGCAGAGCCAGGCUUGUACCACAGCUCAGAGGCGUCAAGUUUCCAAUUAAAGCCACUGGAGAAAACCU